AUGGGUGCUGCGGGCCAGUUUGAUGGCCCCCAGCAGCCCAAGCAGCAGCCCGGGCCGCCGGUGCACCUGCACUCCGUCCCGGCGCACGGCGCCGCAUCACAAUCGCCGCAUCCGCAACAACAGCCGCUCCAGCAACAGACACCACAACAGACGUCGCAACAGCAGCAAGUCGCAUCCCAGCAGCCCCUAUCGAACCCUCAUUCCCAGCAGCGUAGCGUCAAGCGACCCCGACCCGUCAAGUCCUGCACCGAGUGUCGUAAACGAAAGCUCCGAUGCGACCGACUCUGCCCUUGCUCGCAGUGCCAAAAAUCGAAUCGCGCCUGCAAAUACGCAGCAGAUGCGGAUGGACAGCCCGAGUCUGACGCCUCCGACGUCGAAGUGUCCGAGCCUGGCCGCCCUCCGAAGCGCAAUUGCCCACCAGGCACUACACCCUCUGCCACCUCCAAUGUAGGCGACUUGAGCAGCCUUGCUGCUGUUGCGGCAGCUGCUAAGAACGGCGAUGCUUCUGGCCUGCCAUUGCUAGAAGAGCUCUCUCUGCGAAUGGAGCGGCUAGAAAAGCAGGUCCUUGUUCGGAGCCCGGCUGUGACGGAUCUGAGCGCGGGCCGGGUCGUCGCGGCUACCGCGGAUACGAUUCGCGGCCUCAGCGUUAAGAAUGGCGCCAAAAGGACUCGUUUCUUUGGGCAAGGGAGCUCUAGGAUAAUUUUCAACUUGUUCGACGACGCCAAGGCCUUUAUUCACCAACAUCGAACCAUCGCCGGCGGCCGCGAGGUCUUGUCUGACUUUCGAGCUGCUCAUCACUUCCUGCACGACCAUUAUGCCAAGGCUCUGACCCCGAUCUCAGUCUAUGUUGAUUCCAUGAUGCCUAUUCAAAAGCGCAUGACUGACAUCCUGCCUCCAAAGAGUACUUGCGAUCGCCUGGUCGCAUCUUAUGUGGAUUCUUCGGAGACUAUUUAUCGUAUUCUUCACAUACCUUCAUUUAUGGACCAAUACAACUUGUAUUGGAGUGGCAGACAGCAGUCCGAAUUCUUUCUGCCGCAGCUUCUGGCUGUACUGUCGACAGCGUCUCGGUUCGAAACGAAAUCUAAGGGAAUUCUUCACGAGCGCGUCGAAGGGGUGCACAAUCCUACUAGCUGCGCAUUAAUUCGAAGCUGGUUGGAUAGCCUAAAAGGCAAGCAGCGUGUGGAAUUUGAAUCCUUGCAGGUGGAAGUACUGCUUUUGCACGCCCAGCGAAUGGUGACGCAACGCACCAAUGAAUUAUGGGCGCAACUUGGCUACGUUGUGCGGAAUGCCAUGUCUAUGGGACUGCACCGUGAUUCUUCCGAAUUCGGCCCUCGCAUGACCAUCUUCCAGGGUGAACUCCGCAGGCGACUCUGGUAUACCAUUAUGGAUAUGGAUGUUCAUCUAUCGAUUGCUUUGAACAUGCCCACAACAAUGCGAGAAGGCGACUUUACCUGUCGACCACCGCGGAAUCUGGACGACGUGGAACUGUUCGAGGGCAUGCGAGAAUUACCACCAACCAAGCCAAUCGACCAAGUUACGGACAACCAGUUGCAGGUGUAUGGCGCGAUGACGCUACCAGCGCGGAUGAAAGUGGCCUAUUUGGUGAAUAAUAUUGACUCCAUACGAGACUACCAGGAAGUACUAGACGUGGGCAUCAAGCUAGACGGCUUUCUUGAAGAUAUCAACCACCUAUUUCCCCGCCAAGGAAUACUCAACGACACACAAAAAAACAAGAUGUGGAGGUCGCGUGUUAUUCUCGACAUGCAUGUCCGUCGCCCCCUUCUUGCGCUGUAUCGCAGUUUGGCCAUGGGUACACCCGACGCGCCUUCCCAAAUCACACGGGCGCAUCUCCGAUCAUCGAUGGUGAUUCUAAAAUACCUCGACGAAAUCGACCCGCGGCAUUCAUUCUUUGACAUCAUUGCGGCCAUGUACCACCAGAUGCUGAAGCACGACAUCGUACAAGCGGCGCUGAGUGUCUGCUACUAUAUCCAGCUAUCGCACCGAAGUGUUGACAACAUGAUGGGUGGCCAUCCGGGCCAGUCGCCAGAGUAUGGCGGCGACAAUUAUCCGCAGUAUAAGCCCGAGAAGCUGUCUAUUUGGUCACCGGAACGACUGAUAAGCACGGUGGAAAAGUCAAUCGAGAUUUUGAUCCGGCAUGCAAGCGGCAACGACACCAAGGAUCUUCUGACGCUGGCGCUCGUUCUGGAGUCGGUGCGGAAGCCGGACCCGCGAGCCGAGGAGAUCGUGCAUGGCCUGUACGGCGUGCUGGACCUGCUGCUUCGCUCGGCGAACACCACACUUGACAAGGUGCGCUCUGUGUCGCCUCGCGAAGCUUUCAGCCCUGACGGGUAUAUGCAUGGGCACCCGCAGAUGAGUAACCCUGCGGCAGCGGCGCAAUAUUUUGGCGGCUGGCUCAUCUGGGAUGGAUGGGACUAG